GCGCUGCCAUCUCAUUACCCAUCCUCACCGACCCUAAGCAUUCCGCCAUCUCUAGCUCGACGGCGCUCCGCUACCUCGGACCACACGCGCUUCGCUCCGUAUCCCCCACCCUCCAACUCUUUGCACUACCGCAGAACGUCACACACUAUGUCGUCUGGUCACCACCAUGGCACAUCGUCAUCGCCUGAGAUGAUGCGAGGAGUCGGCUCUUCUAGCAGAGCAGGCUCCGCCGCGUUUUCUUUCACCGACCCAGGCGUCAGCUCAUCAUUCCAAGGCCAGGCUUAUGACCCAAGUCGGCCUCAAUCCUCCGGGUCUGCCAUGGUAAUGGGUGACGUUUACCGAGGCAGCGUGUCCAGCCAGGCGAGCUGGGCCGAGCUACAGCCUCCCCAGCAGUCCGCUUAUCAAUCAUCCGCCCUCCAGCCAGGUGCUUACCAGCAGUCGCAAUACUCAGAUUUUGCAUCGGUUAACGCAUCCCCCGAAUCGAUUUCACCACACUCCCCUGCCAUCCCAGGAACUCCCUAUGCCGGAUCGGGAGGUUACGCGACACAACUCUCGCGUUCAGUUGCACAGCACCCAACCUCUUACCCGCCACAACAGUCUGGAGGAUCGUCGCGACGUUCGAGCCUGGAAGAUGAGAUACUCUUCCUGCGCCGUAAAGUGCGAGAGCUAGAACUCGUCAACGAGUCAGACCGCAUGCGUAUCCGAGAACUCGAGGGCGAACUAGCAAGCGGCCUCACCAUCCCUGAGCAGUCGUACCGCUACCCCGGUGGCUCGCCAUCGGCCAUGGGCCAACUCGCAUCCACUCCCGUGCCCCAGUCUACCGCAUUCCACUCCUCGUGGCGUGCUCGUACCGAGGCACGUGUUCGGCUUUUCUGCUCGCUCAACCGCGCUGGCAAUGCUCUGUGUUCGUGGCACGACUCUCGCCGCGAGCGCCGAGCUUACCCACCGCGGAUGGCCCCGCCGGGCUACCUUAACUGCGGCUGCACUCACGAAGAGGCCCUUUUCGAGGAAAGCUUGUCACGUCAUGGUGUCGGAAGCUACCAUCCAGGCGAAACUGUCCGGAUGGACCCCGCCCUCCGCAACCCGCUUCUGCACCUCUUGAAGGAGAGGUACGGCUACCGCGACGGAGACUUUGAACGGGACCGCAUCACGGGUGAUUGGGUCGAGGGCGAGGGGGGCCAUGUUUGGGAGCAGCGGGCGCUGGCUGGUUCCACUAACGCAAGGAAAAACCGAGUCGAGGACCGCCGUUAGUCGCGCUCAGAGCCAAAAGGUAAUACC